AUGGUCUCAGUUCAGAGCUGCACCAGGAGGAAUAUGGCUGGCUCUCCUCCUUCUUUAUCGGGCUUUGGGAACUCUGGAAAGAGUUUUCUUAUUGACAAUCUGCUGCAGUCACAGACACCUUCAGCCCGUCCAGAAGGGACGGCAGGUGGACAUCUGAGACGAGCAGUGUGUGAACGUCCAAGGAGAAUCUGGGGCUCUGAGCAUGGAGCCUACCAAAGACAGGCCCACAGUCCCCAGCAGGGGAAAGAUUUAGGAGGGCCACUUCUGCCACACUCAGGUGUACUGAGUGGUGUAUUCCUGCGGAGCCCGCAUUAUCUGCUGGCAUGCUGCGGUGGGUCCAGCCCCCCUCCUGUCUUCAACAAGGAAGCAAAUAUUCAAAUGUGGUCUACUGAUAUAAGUCCUAAAACCCGCAGAGGGAUCCUGAGGAGGGCUGUUUUCUCUGAAGAACAACGGAAGGAGCUGGAGAGAACUUUUCGAAGACAGAAAUACAUCAGCAAGACAGACCGGAACAAACUUGCAGUGGAUCUCAGUCUCAAGGAGUCACAGGUAAAGAUUUGGUUCCAGAAUCGCAGAAUGAAGUGGAGGAACUGUAAGGAAAAGGAGGUUCAUAACACUCGCUCCCCAAUGGAUGAGCUCAUGGCACGAGGUCUCGCUCAGGAUGAGGAAGAAUCAUCACAGAAUCACUCUGUCCAAAAAACAGAGAGAUCACCACCACAAAAGAGUGUCAGGGACACAUGA